UUAGUGAAAUAAAGACGUUAUAAAAUACUAAAAUAACCCAUAACAAAUCAAUUAACACAUUUAGACUACAUCAUUUUUUUUAAUUUCGAGUAAUUAUUUAUUCGUAUCGACUACACAAAAAUGGCUGAUGAUGAUCCGUGGUUAUUAAAAGAAGACGGUUAUUUAAACGUUGAUACAGAGUGUAAAAGCAUUGUGUAUCAUCCGAAUUUAAACGUAUUGCUUAUCACAACUGUCGAUACCGAGGUUUACGUAUUUGAUGUCAACUUUGGUGGUAUACUUCAACGGAGUUUUUUGUCGGGUAGAGCUAAUGGAAAACUUCAAGGAGUGUAUCUUGCCGAGGGCGUAGACAAAGUACUCUACACAGAUGGCCGAGGAAUUGGCGUGAGAAGUGACUACAAUGGUGUACUCUUACUAGACACAAUACUACAAACUCCAGUAUUGAAGAGUGAAGCUGUGAUAAAAAUCGAGCUUCUCUUAUCCGAGGCCAUUCUCCUCCACCAGUGUUUGAGGUGUAUUGAUCUUCCUGGUGUUGAUAAUGUCCAGGACGUCCUCCACGAGUUGUGGACUAAAAUUCUUGCAGCACAGGCGACACAGAAGAAAGGGAUCAAAGCACAAAAAUGGAAUACAAUAUGUUUGGUACUGCCCCACGGUGUAUUGAAGCUAGUGUGCUCAGGUCUUGUUAUGGAAUUAAAGAGACAGAAUAAACACAUACCAGCGUUACCAAUAGCCUCUGCCAUAAAUGAACGACUGAACGGUCUACUUCCUGGCCUUAUAUUGGACAGUGGACCAGCUGACAAGGCCCUCAUGUUCAGUGAAGCAGCGAGACGUGAGACAUUCUCAAAAUGGCCACACAUGAAUUACAAAUGGGCAUUACCUGGACAUAUGGCACAGGCUGGCUUUUAUCAUGAGCCUAACAUAACAGCUGAGGACAGGGCAAUGUGUUUUACUUGCAACGUGUGUCUUGUUUGUUGGGAGCCAACCGAUGAGCCCUGGUCUGAACAUGAGAGACAUUCACCAGCUUGUCCAUUUGUCAAGGGUGAAUAUACCCAGAAUGUACCACUGUCUGUCACGUUAGCCACUGCCCCAGCGCGUCAAUCUACUGAUGAUGUUGAAGUUAUUGGUACUACGAAUGUUGCUGGUUUAGCCGCUACUGCAUCGCACAAUGGACUCGUCAAUGUGUGGAAUAUUACGAGUCAACUCAAGGAGGAAGUGACGUUUUACGUGUCAGUCUGCAAUCAAGAACCGAACAACAAGUCUCCAAUUCAAUUUUACGGUGCAAGAAAUCCAUCGAGCCCCUACCUAUCAACCCUCCCCACAGACCCAGAUCCCUUGAGUGACUUCAAGCCACCUCCAAGCUCCCACAAGCUCAGUCUGACAUCUCUCUCCCUCCUGGGAGGUCCCAAGCCCUCCCUGGACGACACAAAAUCCAGCACAAGCACCAGCAGUACCUCCUCCAAUCCUCUCCUCCUGGACAUCCCCGACACGAGCAUAAGGCCCUGCCUGGUAAGUGGUGUCACAGUGAAUUCUUUCAGUAGCAGUAGCCAACUUAGGACACUGGAGAACGUGUGGGCCUCAACUGAUCUGGCCCCAUCUGCCUCUCUCGUUCGGGCUAUGAACAGUGUUAACAGUGCUGCGAGUGAUAGUUUAGACAUAAUGAAAGUAGCUGCUGACAAAUACACAACCCUGAAACAUCAUUAUCUCGUCGUCUACGAUUUUCAUCACAAAGCAGCGCCCCAGAGUAGUAAAGACGAUCCCCCCAAGCCAGGUAAAACCAAGAAGACAUUAUCAGGGACUGGCACCAGUGCAAGUUCAACUGGUGGUCGCCAGGAGAAUAUUUACCAGGAGAUAUACAUGUCGAAGUUGCUGUACGAAGCACCAGUGAUCGAGGACGUGGACUCGGAGAUGGUAGUGGGGACUCACUUCGAUGGAAUGUUUACUGCAACGGGUUUAACUGCCUCCUCAUCGAAUACCCUGUAUGCCCCAUCCUUUGGCUACAGUGCAGCCCCUCCCUCAACGAGUCCUUACGACGCCAAUUUCAAUCCCAUAAAUGGCACAGAACAAUUUGCCUCGACCUCGGAGCUCGUCUCAAUCACCAAAAAGUCAGAGAUGUCUAAACCGAUAAAGGAGGAUCCAGUCGUUCUCCAGACAAUCUCUAUUGACGCCCCCUCCUCUCUGAGAAUAACUUACAUAGGCCCCACCAAAGAUAGAAGACAUCUCAUUGUCACUCUGUCUCCACCUCCCACAUCCCGGACAGAGCCAACACCACCGAUGACAAAUCAAAUGGAUAUCGACGAAGAGAGUGAAUUCUUUUCACCAAAGAGCUACAUGUACUGGGACCAAAAUGACGGAUCAACAAAACUCCUGAAUGGGGAGAAUCACAACGAGUCAUCGACCCCAGAGAAUUCUCUCCUUUUGAUCUAUGCCCUUGAUUUCACCGAUAAAGUACCAAAAAUAAUUCCAGAUCCCCUGAUUAAACGAGAGCUCUCUCCAGAGCAAACACCAGUAGAGUGGGUUCUUCUUCCACUCCAGGAGAAGCAUCGAAUAAAUUCGAUCUCCACCGAGCCCAAAGGACAGAUAGCCCUAGUCUGCAAGGACGGAGUUGUUCGACUCCUGGAAUUGAAUACCUUGAAGAUAGUGACCGAGGCUAGAUCAGAGACUGAAAAAUUCAUCUCGGCAGCCUAUUGUAACAGAUUGGAGAGACUCUGCGCCUGCAGCAGCACUGGGUCCUUGAGGUUUUUUGCGACAACCGAGGAGGACGACUCUGGUGAGGAGAAAGAGGAGACAGAGGACAUUAAUAUGAUGGUGACAGAUACUGGGGCUGUCACCAAUGACCAGAUAACCCCCAGCACCUCAACAUCAUCUUCAGCUUAUCAGGAGCCUAUAAUCGCCCACAGAUCGAACUUGACUUAUCCAGACCUCAAGGCCCUCUACGACUUGACUAAAUUUGACAAGCAUUUUCCAGCUUAUAGUGCCACAGUUCCCUCAUGUUGGAGUGAGAUGAUGCAAGCACAGCGACAGCGUCGAUACCCACAGCAUCUUCACCAGUCGGAGGACCAGCAUCACACAAGAACCUGGAGACUCCAGAAUGACGCUACAACCUGGGAUGAACACGUGUUCGAGCUGACAUUACCCAGAAAUGUUGCUGAGGGGAUUGGACAGGUGGACGUGAGGUUCUCCCUGCAUUCACCUUGUCUCGAGCCCCCGACGAUACAAGUGACACUUCUCAAGCAGAACAUAACAGGUCUGGGGCACCACAAGUCCCCACUGACACCAGUCGACGAGCGAAUACACUUCAACAUCAGCAAUGAUCAGAAAGGGGAGAAUCCAAUAGUAAGUGAGGAAUACCAACGUCAGCACAACACUGAAAUUCUAUGUGGUCCCAUUAACCUGAAACGCUGUAUGGAUUUGUCCGAUCACUCUGGCUGUGUCACCCUGACGAGCCCAAAAUUAUUCAGAGCUAAAGCGCGAACUCUACUGGUUCACAUCAAAGCCCUCAUCGAUCCUGCCAAGGAUCAAUCUGGAAGUGGUGCCAGUGGAUCAAAGAGCAGAAUAAAUCUGCUCGAGACAAAGCCACCAACAUCGAAAAAAUUGAGGAUCGACGACGCCGGACCUUUCCUACCUGGUGCUGCAGUCGAAAGAAUAGCAGCUAGUGCGAACAAGAAACUCGAGUACUACAUCGGCUGCGACUGGAUUCAUGAGAUUUCAAUUACAGUCAGAUCAGUCCAGCCAACGACCAUGCCCAUGGAGAGAAUGCAACGCUGGGUCAUGCUGGAGUCCACUCUGUUCACUGAGAAUCUUCUGAACGUUGCUUGCCUCCAGGGAAGUGACAAAUUUCUCGUGUGUCAGUCACUGGCACUUGAUAUCCUCGUGUGGGUGACUGCCAUCAGACUGGCCAGGCUCAGAGUGGGACAGCAUGCCGCUGAGGCCAAGGCCAUGCAGUUAGACACCAUCAGGUGCAUUCAGGGGAGACUUCCAAGUCUUUUACGUACAUGCAUUUUCAAUGCUGGCAGGAGUAUUGCUCAUAAGUGCGUUAAACUCAUUGUCAUCUGCAGUGAGGGCCUCAGGAACCUCGAGGAUGUCACGGCUAACUCGUUCGACGAGGCAGUUCUCUCAGUAAUUGUCUCGCUAUUCCCGGGAGUCGUUGGCAUCCAGUGGGCAGGAUCUCUCAGGUGGCUCUCUGUUCUCAUCACCAGACUAUUGCCCCUGGACAAGAGUCACAGCGUUGCUCAACAGUGUAUCAAUAUUCUUCAGCAGAUAUCUGGGGAAAUGUCCAACAGGGUGAAUCCCUAUCACCUUUUACUGGCAACUAGAUUUGGAUUUUAUAAUAAUCCAUUUGAGACUGAGCUGUUUGACAUGGAACCACCGAUACCACCAAAAUUCAGCUCAGCACCACUGACUUAUGCAUCGGUGGUCAAUGGGGAACAGACAACUUCCUCGAUAACCACUGCCACCACUCAUUACACUCAGGACCAUAUCGAUCUGCGGGAUUUGCUCACUCUACCCACCAAUCCCAACAGUGAUCUGGUGGUUCCCAGUAAAUUGAAGGCAUUGUGCACUAAUCACAGUAUGAAGGGACUGCUGGAGGUUGAGCCACUACAUUUUACCUGUCACGGAGCUUCUGAUGGUACGAAGAUGGAGAAAAUUGAUCCUGGGGUAAGUGCCAUCAAUUUGGGGAAUUUAUUCGAGAGCUCUGGAAAUGGGGGAAGUGAUUUGAAAAGUGUCCAAUCGAAUUUUGGAGAGGAAAUGAAUUUUCCCUGGGGAAGACUUCUCUGUUGGCCACCCCAGCAGGCUCUUGUAGUCGAGAGAAUGCACUCUGGGGCGAGGAGAUUCGUUACCCUGGAUUUUGGCUCACCCAUUCUACUGACAGACCUAAUGAUUCCAUCGUGUAGCGAUCUCGUGUCCCUCUCCAUUGAUAUCUGGUCGAAGAGUGAGGAAGGAGAUGGAACGAGACUCGUUGUGGCUGGAGAUAUUGGUACAAAACCUCUGGUGGUAAAUGACCUACAGCCACCACCUGUCUGUAGAUACCUGAAGAUAACGACGAUUGGUCGAUAUGGGAUGACAACGACGAGGUGUAAGAUCCCUCUGGGGAUGUUCUAUGGUCACAUGGUGGUACUUCCUGGUGAGGAUUAUGCAGAGGUAUCAGAUCCAGGUCGUUCUGAGGUAAAUGGACAUCCUGAUGUGAAUCUUCUAGCAAUGAUUGACUCACAGUGCAGUAUUCUGUCAGCUCUUGCUGAGGAUGUGCAGUGUAGGUUUAGCCUUGCAACUGAAAGGCUAAAGACUCUUCUCGAUCCUCUUCUUUGCACCGAGACCCCCAACGUCAUGCACAUGCAGCAUUAUUUGUGCAAGGGAAAGAAUACAGCUGAGGGCAAGGAGCAGCCAUCGUCCAAAAUUUUGACUACUUACCAGGAGUGCAUCAUGUUCCAGCAUCAGUUGAACGUCGUGAGAGGUGUUUGGAGGAGAUUGGAGGCAUGGAAAGGACCCAGUUCACCUCCAAACGUACAACUCGCUAAUGUUCCUAGUGAUAAAUUACGAAUUCUCGGGGAGACUUUGUCCGAUAUUCUACUCUACACGAUGUACGAGAUUGGUCCAGUGCCCCCAGUACCAACAUCUCUAUGUGAAAUAUUCACACCAACAAUUUGCGAGAGAUUUUUCCACUCUGUUUGUGUCGUAACACCAGCACCAAGACUCCAGCUCCAUGCAGCAGCACUUCUGGCAAGAGUCGCUGGACAUCAGCCAUGGUGGGGGAACUUCCUGGCGAAUACUCUGGUUAAUCUAUACUCAACAUCCUCCACCUACAUAUUCCCACAGGACAGGGUUUUCAUACUGCUGACAUUCCUGGGACGAAAGUCACUGAUGGCAGGGGCCAAUAAAUCAUCGGUUGUCGACGCUAUGGUACGCACACUGGGUCGACUCCUGGUGCCACUUUCAAACGGCCAAUCCACAACUGUAAGACUCGAUACAACUCUCAUUGGAUGGGUUCUUCUCUUUCUCUCUGUGUGUUUGGACACAACUGCCACUCAAUCCAUUUGCUCUGACGAUAAUAAUGACAAGAACAAGGAGCACGGAGUAUCAUCUCGCUGGGAAUUUCUCCAGGGUGAAUCCGCUAUGCACCGUAAAUACGUGUCAGCGAGCAGAUCAUCUGCCUCACGAAAUUACAGGAAGAAGAUACAGAAGCGUCUGAUGCAUCAUAAACAGCAGCUCCAGGACAUUGAACAAGCGAAGAAGGGAACACAGUUACCCUCAACUCAGAGCUACACUUGGUCGACCAUCAGUCAGAUUCCAGCUGUUUUCUCCACCAAACUGGAAGUGCUGAAGUCCCACGAGAGAAAUCUCAAGAAAACCCUGAAGCAACACUCGGCUUUCAAGCAUUUCAAGGACAUGAUGAGGCGAAACGAGGCACUACACGUUUCAAGAGGCCCUCGAAGCCAGUCCUCUUCGAGUACACGAUCAGAGCCUCCAGAGAUUGACUUAGACUGUCUGACAAAUCUCUCCCAUCAGCAUGUGCUUCCAGUGGCCCGUGGUCUAAUCUCCCUGAUACUCAACAAUUCCUCAAACGUCGAUAUGUUCCUCCUAGCUUGCAAGGUUGUUGCUCGUCUGGUAGUGUCCACUCGUCCAGUGAUUAUCCUGGGCGAGCUGAUGAACGAGGAUCAGCUCAUGAAACUAAUUAAACUGGCAACAGGCAGCUCAGACACCGCCUGGUCAUCUCACGCCAUCAGCUGCCUCCUGCAGGACCUCCUCGAGGGUGGGAGACUCUUCCCCAAGCCCUCACCUUCCACAGACCCUCCAUCAGAGGGAAAUUUCGAUGGUUUGGGAGGAGAUGACUCUCAACCCCCUCAAGAGGACUUGGCUGGUGUUGCUGGCACUAGUGGGUCGACAACAGUCGUCAACGACGAGGGAUUUGCCGAUGGCGAUGGCGACGAAGACACUCAAGACAGCAUUGCAGCUCCUCCCAUAGCCUCCACCUCAAAAUCAAAUGGUUUCGAGCUCUCUUCCUUCCUCGACUCCGAUGACAGCGAACUCGAGGAGUUCCUCGACGAUAUUCUCGAGCGUGGAAAAAACAUGCUGAGAAAGGGAAAUGCUAUAACAAAGCUGCCACCAUCAGCGAGCUCUGGUAUAUCCUUGGCACUGGAUGCAAGACUGGAGUACGGAGUUGAAAUGGGAGUGGAGAUCUCCCUCAGGAGAUACUCCACCCUGGGGGCUUACAAUCUACCUCUCAGCAUAAACGCCACUAUUCAAACCCCAAUAGAGAGCAAUCGCUCCCAGGCAGGUGGGACAAGAGCCUCCGGAUGGACCGACAGAGGACAGGACAUCAGAAUGCCAGCAGAGCCCUCACCCUCAAGCCUCUCGAUGCUCACUCGGUGCUUCGACAGAAUAUUUACUGAUCUCUCCCUCCAGGACUCCAAUACCAGUCUCGAACUCGUUCUCCAACUGUGGCUUACCCUCAAUCUCGAUGCAACAGUUGAUUCAACCUCAACUCAAUUUGACUCCUCAUUAGUCCCAGUAAUUCCUCUGAGCUCCACUGCAAUAUCCGGUUUGAUAGCUGCAUUACUCUGGAAUCCAGUGUCCUUGAGGGCGUGGUGUCUAGCCCUGCAGACGCUUACACUCACCAGCAAUGAGCCAAUGCCCUCGGAUCACGUGGACCCCAGCAUCAGUACACCACUCGAUGGACUCCUUGGAGGAAUGGCGAGUUGUAUUGUCAAGGACAGAAAUAUGGGGGCAAUGUUGCUGAGGCUUUUAUCAGGUAAUGGCUUGAGCGUGGAGCCCAGGGACAAGCAGUACAUGAUGGCAGGGCCCAGGGUGUGUUUAGCCCUCCAGGAUUUUCUCGUGAGAUUGGAGAUGAGGUGUGACGUAAUUACACCAGGCAGUUCCCUGGGAAAUGCCUUGAAGGAGCUUCUUCUCCGGGUCGUCUACCAGCUGGUGCAACCUGGGGGUGCCCUUGUGGCUAGAAGAGGUCCCCUCGAUGCCCAGUGCAUCCUCAUCACCUCGUUGAUCAAUCUGAACUUCACGAAUACCGAUCUUGGUACAGCAAUGAGUAUAACUGAGUGCGUGGGAGUUCUGGUGUCGAGUUACGUCAGAGGUGCCAGAGUUGGGGUGCAGUGCAGCGGUGCAGUGGACAUUCCAAAUCAAUCUGGGAGUUUUGGUGGGCUUUUUGCGUGUGUUCUAGGAGGUGGACCACGUCAGGGACGACCCACCAGCUGGGAUACCCUCGUUGUGGCACUCAUCAAGCUAGUCUGCAGACUCGUCCAGACACCCCUGCCCUCGAGACUCUCCAAGACCGACAGCUCCGCUGACAUGGAAGUGGCUGAGACCUCGAGAUCAGAUAUCAAUCAAAUCGGCUCACAGACGGACGAGAGUAAAGUCGCGGAGCAGACGUCAAUGAGGAUGAGCCAGGGUGCAAUACCCAAACCAAAACAUCCUUGCGUUACUGACACUGUACUCCAGCAUGAGCCCACGAUGAUGAGGCUCCUGGGGGCCCUCGGUUCGAGUACUAGAUCCUCAUUAGCAAUGUUAUUUGGGGAAGAAGCUGCAACUGGAGCUGUCUCAGAGCUCGGAGAUCCUGCCUCUAUCCCAGACGCCACUUUCCAACUUCUGAUGACUCUCAUGAGAAAAGCCACCAGUCCCAACCUGGUGCUCAAUCCUCUGUACCGAUAUUUGUCAUCCACCCACGAACAAAUGAGUAAUGAUCGACAAUUGGGUGUUAUGCAACUGUCAGAGCCCCUUCUAUGGUACAUUCUGAAAGUCCUAGAUAACGAAGCAUCAUUAUCAGCCUUCACCUUGAUGGGAGGGGUUAAAGUCCUGUGUGAAAAUAUGGUCAAGUCCUCGACUGUUAAUCAGACCAACACUGGGGCCUCUACUCCUGGUGUAAUCGCCCUCGUCAUGCAGCAUCUCUCUAAUGCUCCUAAUCUGGCCGCUGCCACUGCAACCACGAGCAAAAAAUCCUCAGGUACUCUGGAGACUUACGAGGAUGGGAUUCUGAAUUUCGCUCCACUCGGGACAAUUUCCUGGGUGAAGCCCAUGGUGGAGCCUGCUGAUGUACUCAUACAGAGUGCAGCACCUCACAGAAGGGCAAGGACAGCAGCCUGGAGUUAUCAUUUCUUCCCGGGAGAGGCCUGGGUAGAUUUGACUAUCACUCUACCUUGUGCUAUUUUACUCCGAGAAGUGGAACUCCAGCCUCACCUCACCUCCUUGGCGACCUGCCCCUCAGCAGUGGCAUUAGAGAUUUCUCGAGAAGGCAACACUGAUUUGACACCAAUCUGUCCCCCAAUGCUGACAGCUGGAUUAACAUUCAUCAGGUUGACAUUGUCACAGCCUGAGGUUGCAACGUCAGUCCUCGUGAGGCUGUACAAACCCAGGGACUCCACAAAUAUAAGUCUCAGUCAGAUUAGAAUCCUCGGGACCACAGCAUUCGGUGAGAUAAAAUCUAGGAACGAGACAAUUGAUGAAGAGCAAUUCACGAGAACGAGUUUGGGAUGGCUGAGGCUUGUCCAUCAGUGUCUGUCUGUCAGCGCUUUAUCCUCAAGUCUCUCCAAGGAAGUUCUCAACUCUGCAGCAGCUGUGGAGGGACUUGUUGAAGCCUGCUGCAGUCUCCUGCUCCUGCCAGCUCCAUCCCUCUUCACACCAAACCUCGAGAGAGUUCUCCUCCAGCUUGGACUCCACUCCAAGGAACUCGGACUGAGAUUAAUCAGUUUAUUAUUGAACAACAGGUGUGCACCUCUGUUUGGUGUUACCACUCAGAAGGCAUCAACAGUUCAGCUGGUGGUUGAAUUGCUCCAGCAGUUGUGCUCCUCCCAGGAUUCAGGAACAGAAGCGAGAAUUACCGCAGUGCUGACGUGGCUUCAUACAUCUGCAAUGAACAGUGUAGCUAGAUCACACCAGAAUAAUCCAAAUGUCGUGAGUCCACCGGCGAUUUACGUGCACUGCAUCUCGACGAUCAUCUGGAAGGCCCACGAGCUUAGAGAUCGAAUGUACAAUCUAGAAGAGCUUCUCAGCGAUGAUCUCUUUAAUUCUCUGUACCAGUGGACCCUCUCCCUGGAGACAUAUUCGGCCCUGAAACAGGCGAUCGAUGCCACCCUCUGUGCACUAUGUCACGUCAGGCCAUCGCUCUUUCCUCUUCUCCUCCAACGAGUGAGAAUUCUCGUUCCCAAUUUGGCGACCGAUCACUCAGCCUCGAUCUCGGAUGACAGAAAAGAGAGCGAGGGACAGACUGACGACAGAAAGAGCGAGUCCGAUGCUGAGGAGUGGUACUCCAGGCUGCAACUGCCUGAGUACAAGUGUCUACAGUUGACUGAGGGACAGCUGCUGACAGUUGCUGCUGCAGCCAGAUCACCACCUGGUAUUCAACAGCUCAUUGACUCUGGAUUACCUGCUCUUCUUGUCACCAGUAUCAAGGAUUUUUGCAAACACGAGAGUGGCGAGGAGUGCGGAGAGGGGAGUGCCUUGACUGACAGUGAUAAAGCCAGUGAGGCUUUUGGCCAGAAUAAUGGGGGACUCAAUAUGAUGGAUCCUGACAGCGUGGCUACGGUCCUAGAAUUUCUCACGCUCGUCUGCUCCGAGGGAAAGAUGAGGGAUUGGCUGGGUAGAGAGGGACGGGGAUUCUGGCUGCCACUUGCUUCGUUACUCAGCAAUAGACCGGUGGAAAAUCCUUCUAUUACUUUUGCUAGAAUGAACGUCUCGUACACCAGAUUGGAAUCAGCGAUGAUAAAAUUCUUGUCUCGCUGUUGCUGGUGUCACCCUAAUAAUCAGAAAUUAUUGGCCGAGCUAUUGACAGAUGUAAUUCUGCAGCAGAGAGUUUCAUCAAAUGUACGAUAUCUUCACGGAAUUUCGGGAUUUACGCGGAGAUUGAUCCUCCAACUGUUGCUCGAGGGUGAGAAGGUGCUCGUUUCAGUGAGAUCAGAGACAUCGAUGACAGUUACCACUGGUGGUGGCAAUACUGUUCCCUCGAUGCCACCCCAUCCAGAACAUCCACUUGGACAUUAUCAUCAGUUACUCUACAUUUCUACCCAGUCCACCGUGGCUGAUAUAUUGCAACAGGUGUCCGGUGCUUGGCUCACUUUGCUCCUACCGAAUACAUAUAAGGAGAGUGAGACUAAUAAAAAUGAAAGGAAUCAGGAGUGGAAGGAAGUAGGAUUGGCAUUCAUGGUAGACACCCUGAGCGUUGCUGCUGGAAAUACUGCCAAGGAUAAACGUGCCAAGGAGGCGUCCAACAGGUCACAGGCCCGUGGACCCAUCAUUAGAAAGCCCCGUUUAGGCUCCGAGGGCACGUCAUCCUCGAAGGGUACCUCGAGUACUCAGGGCUCAUCGACCACCUCAAGCCAACAGUAUUUAACCCACUCAUCCCGACCAAAUUCCCCACUUCUCCCCCAGCUCUGUAUCUCUCAGCUCCUAGCCAUUGCCGAAGACUCAGGUCUCUCCCUCUCAGAGCCCUGCCUCCACCUGGUGCUCCGUCAGCGUACAAAAGACACGAAAGACGAUACCCCACACUUCGAGGACAGCGAUCUCCUGACUUACAGAAGAAUCGAGAGUGCCCUGGGAGUUUUUUCGUCAGGAGGUGGACUCGCAGUCCUAGCUAAGCAUCUGCCCCUGGUUUAUCCAGAGAGUGGUCGAGCCCCAGUGUUACCUGAGAAAUCGCCAUCCCCAGAGCAGACAGACGCCGAAUGGGUGAAGGUGGAAGCGAGUGAGGACAUCUACGAGGACGUGGAGGAGGGUGGGGUCAGCACAUCUCCCAGAUCGACUCCACCAGCGCCCCACGUACCCCUGCACUCUUUGGCAGCUUUUGGACUGUUUCUGCGCCUUCCGGGGUAUGCAGAAGUCCUCCUACGAGACCGAAAGCAGGCGCAGUGUCUUCUGAGACUUGCCCUUGGUGUCACAGACGACGGAGAGGGUGGAGACAUUCUGGGCUCACCCCUGGCAGCUUCACUCCCCACUCUUCCCUUCCAAGUACUCAAACAACUCCUGGAGGCAACUCCACCGACCACUGAUGACGGACAACUCCUUCGAAGGACAAUGGUGGACAUUGGUGCUGUUCUCCUACUCCUCAACUGUCUUGCUAUUUUUACUCAUCAAACAACAACCUACAACGAUAAUCCUGAUCAACGUAUUGGACAGACUGGAGGUCGUAGUGAUGACAAAUCCCACCUAUACUGGGCGAAAGGCACUGGUUUUGGUACUGGAUCGACCCAGCAGUCCUGGAACGUCGAGCAGGCACUCCUGCGUCAAAGAUCUGAAGAGGAGCACGUGACAGUUUUGCUGAGAGUCCUCGCCAGUUACAUUGGACAUGGGGGUGGGCCCCAGAGGGAGCUUCCAGGCACCUUCUCCGAGCUCAUGGCUAGAUCCUGCCUCCUGCCAGCCCUCUCCUCCUACCUGAGAAAUGACUCGGUUCUGGACAUGGCACGGCACAUUCCCCUUUAUCGAGCUGUUCUCCAGCUGUUGAGAUCCAUGGCACUCGCACCACAAUUGGCACCACUCCUACUACCAAGGGCCAGCAGAUCUGGUGAUCCCUCCAUUGUAUCGUUACUCUCCAGCAUGAGAGUGUGUGUUGACACGUACGUUCACAAGAUCAACAGGACAAGGGGAAAUAAAUCAAAGUCUCUGCCAAAGUAUCCCGAUGAUUCUGAGGACGAGGGACUUGCCACGUUGAUCCCUGAUAUUCAGGAGAGUGCGACAAUCGUGCAGAAUGCAACGUCGAGACUCGCUGCCACUGGGGAAGACCUGGCUGGACCCAGUCCAACAGCACCAGAGUUACAUCUGCGAUCUCUCGAGCAGAGGUACCUCGAGGUAAUGAAGAGUCUGCAGUUCGAUACCUAUGAGAUGAUUGCUGAGAAUUCUGAUGGUGGGGGAUACAAGUUUGUUGUCUCUUAUCACUUUGAGUCGAAUAUGAGAGCUGCUGGGGACAGGAGUCAUCCUGCCAGGGUGAAGAGGCUAGCACAAGAGGCCGUCACUCUGUCCACGGCUCUUCCUCUGUCUUAUAGCAGCAGUGUAUUCGUUAGAUGUGAUACUGAUCGACUUGAUAUCAUGAAAGUACUCAUCACUGGACCUGCUGAGACACCGUAUGCCAAUGGAUGCUUCGAGUUUGAUGUCUAUUUUCCACCGGAUUAUCCUAAUAGUCCCAUGCUCAUUAAUUUAGAGACCACUGGGAGACACAGUGUCAGGUUCAAUCCUAAUUUGUAUAAUGAUGGGAAGGUCUGUCUCAGUGUACUCAAUACUUGGCAUGGAAGACCGGAGGAAAAGUGGAACGCACACACCAGCAGUUUUCUUCAGGUUUUGGUGUCGAUUCAAUCACUCAUUCUCGUCCCAGAGCCCUAUUUCAAUGAACCUGGAUACGAGAGGUCCAGGGGAACUUCCAGUGGCGCACAAUCUAGUCAAGAGUACAAUGCGAAUGUCUGUUUCGCUACUGUCAAGUGGGCCAUGCUGGAUCAGAUCAUCAAUCCAUGUCCUUGUUUCAAAGAGGUGAUUCAUACACACUUCUGGAUAAAGAGACAUGAAAUAGUUGCACAAUUGGAGAGUUGGAUAAUGGACAUGGAGAUGCACGGAUCAGACAGGAAGUCUGCUCGUACAAUAUCACUGAAUGCACUAGCACUCAGGAGACAUUACAGACUAUUGAGAGAUGCCCUUAAUAAGCUGCCAACCCCUGAGGGUCUUGAGGAUUUAGCAGAGCCCCUGCAGUCACCAGCGACUUCUCUGGAGCUUGCAGGUACCCCAAGUACCCCAAGUACACCACCAACAAGUUCAACAACAACAACACCACUGGCACCAGUGCCCCCAUCACUCACAGACUCAGUACCAUCCCUCAACAACGCCAGUGCUAGUAAUCACCUGCAUCACGACAUUGACACCGACGUGGAAAUGGAGAAAAUGGUCUCGAAAGUCUGUGAAUAGCUAAUGGAUGUUGAUAGAGAUUGUUGGACGUUUCUAAAAAGUCUAUUUGACAGUGUUAUAAACAUUCAUAACUGAAUUUCAAUCAUAAAAAAUGGAUAAAUAAUCCAAAAAAAAAGAAUAACUCAAGGAUCAAAGUGGUCGAACGCUUAAAUAAUUCAAAAAGAAAGAUGAUAGUCACAAAAAUGUGAUUCUUUGUUUACCAUUGGAUUUAUUCUUAUUUUAUUUCGUUUUUUUUCUUGUUCAUUAUUUUUUUAGUUCGUAGUUAAAGAGAGGGAAAAGCUCGAAUUUGUGCGCGAGUGAAUGACUAUUUUUUCCACAUGUUGCAGAUGAUUAUGAUACUUCCAUUAUUGGGGGGAGUACUUGAGGGGAAUGGCAUGGAGAAAAAGCGGAUGUACACGUGAUUAAAAAGAAUGGAAAUAAAGUAGUGGUGAGGGGAGGGAGAUGUGGGAGUUGAUGUUUGUAGUGAUGUACUUGAUUGCUAUAAAUGUACACUUGGAAUUCUACUGCUGUUGUCCUCCAUGCUUAGUACAUUGAUGAUUUUCUCCUCCUUUCUAUUGUCCCCCCCCCCCUUUUUUUUCAUUUUUUUCCCAUUUUUCAUGCAAUCUUGACUGAGAUUUUCGCAAAAACCCCAGAUCGUUUUGUUAAGAAAAGAGAAUAUAUUGCGUAUGGAAUUAAUGGCCUCUUUGAUGUUAUUAGAAUGAACGGAGUGUAUUUGUUCAAUAUUUCUCGUAGAAUUGACGAAGUUGUUUCACGUCGACGAAAUUUUUUCUGCCUCUGGGGUGAGGCUGCCAGUGAAAUAAAUGAAUAAUUUUGUUUCACGUCGGAUGAUUAACAGAGAUGCGCUCAUUGAAUUUUAUUUCAUUUUCCGCAUUGCAUUUUUCAUGAAUUAUCAUUUAUUUUCGUGCAUUUAUCGGGAUUUUUGUCGUGAAUUUGGAACAAAUUCGUCGAUUCCUGAGGAAUUUUUCAUUAUUUUACAUUUUUAACUGAUAAUUUCGUUUAAUUCCUCGAUGACAGCCAUAUACCCCGCAAUAUUAAUGAAUAAUCCUAGUUAAAAUAACGAAGUGGAAGAUUAUACAUUGGGUGAAUCUGAAAAUAAAUAAUGAUAAUGAGAAGUACAAGUGGGUGGGAGUGGUAAAAUCGAUCGAAUAAAGUGUAAAUAAAAAAUUGCCAAUAAGUUAGAAAGUCGUAUUAAACGCAUACGUGUUUCUAUUUUUAAGAAAUGAAGAGAUAAAUAAUUGAAGGAAUACGAGAAAAUGAUGGAUAACAAUAGCAACAAGGAAUGGAUAAAACAGCCAUUGCCCUGAAGUGUAAAUGGGAUAAUCGUAAAAUUUAGAUAAAUCGAUCGAUUCAGUCGAUUACACUUUCAUAAAGUGGCGAUGUAUGAGGCUAGACAAGAAGUGUGUUAAUAGUUAUUUAUAAUAAACGAGUAUUACCAUUUA